AAUCCUGCCACAAUCGUCAGCGCUCAGCCGACGACUCGGACCGAGACAGAUUCAGCGUCUGGACCGUGUCGAAGCUGCCGGAUUUUGGAUUUCGCUGUCCCUCCCCCCUGUCAACUUCUUUUGUGUUGCCGCAUUGUGCCGGUUGAAGUUGAAGCUGCAGAAAACCUCCUGGCAGGCAUGUAGACACACUUGCUGGUGUCUUUAUGAAUAUUGAUGGAGAAAGCUAAAGCAGGGUUUCCUUUUUGGCGGCGCAUUUUUCUUGCGCCUCCGAGAGAUGGCUACCAAGGAUACAUUGUGACUGCGGCGUCACCGAACUUGGAUGAAGAGAAGUUUUUACGGUUGCUUUUAUACUUCCAUCAGACAGCAUUAAAUCAAGAUUAGCUACAGUACCUCGAUUUUCAGCUUCUUCACAGAGGGAGGCAACUUUUCAAACUUCCCAUCAACAUUUGAUUAAUAUAUAGCCGACACGUUUGACUCGUCGUCAUCAAGAGAAAACAUUAUCAUGUUUCAGUCAAGGAGUCAAAAAAACAAAACAAAUUGUCUUCUGGAUUUUAAAACAAGCCAACAAAGUAAUCGAGGAUCCUUGAAGUAAUGGCGUGACAGGAGAACUUUUACACGAAGAAAUCACUUGUCCUAAAUUUGGAUGACAAGUUUUGCACAAAUAAGCUGAAUCGUCUUUAAAAAGUCCAAAAAGUUAAGUUUGUCAUCAUAAAAGAUCCUUCAAAUGUUAGAGAAUCUUCUCCAGGUUCCCCAGCUUCAUGUCUUAUCUUUCUCUUACCGAGAAAAAAAAAACAGAUUCUUACAUUUCUGGCUGAAACCACUGCAGAAGAAUCUGGAUGUCCCCCCCUUUUUUUUUUUUUUGACAAACAAGCUGAAUCGUCGUCUGGAUUGGAACAGUCAAUUCAAAUUUGUCAUCAGGGAUCCUUCUGGUGUCGUAGAACUUUCUCCAGCACCCUCUGCUUGAUGUCGUGACGUGACAGUAAUGGACAUUUCAGGCACUCGGACAUGACGCGUGUCCUGGACUGAAAACCGCCCUGCGCUUGGCAGAGGCUAUGGCGGCAGCUAUCGCCAGCUCCCUGAUCCGACAGAAGCGUCAGGCCCGCGAGUCCAACAGUGAGAAAGUCGCCACCAACAAGAGGCGUUCCAGUCCUACCAAGGAACCCAAAGGUUUGAGGCACAUUUUCAGUGUCUUUAGCAAAGUCCGCUUCUGCAGCAGUGGCGGCAAGAAGAAACCGGUGCGACGGAAACCAGAGCCGCAGCUGAAGGGCAUUGUGACGCGUCUCUUCAGCGAGCAAGGCUUCUUCCUGCAGAUGCAACCUGAUGGAACCAUCAGUGGAAACAAGGAUGAGAACAGCGACAACACUCUCUUCAACCUGAUCCCGGUGGGUCUGCGGGUGGUGGCCAUGCAGGGCGUCAAGGCGGGACUCUACGUGGCCAUGAACGCGGAGGGCUUCCUUUACACAUCUGACAUCUUCACGGCCGAGUGUAAGUUCAAGGAGUCUGUGUUUGAGAACUACUACGUCAUCUACUCAUCUACGCUGUACCGGCAGCACGAGUCGGGCCGGGCCUGGUUCCUGGGCCUCAACAAAGAGGGCGUCAUCAUGAAGGGCAACCGCGUCAAGAAAACCAAACCCUGCUCGCACUUUGUCCCCAGGCCCAUCGAAGUGUGCAUGUACAAGGAGCCGUCGCUGCACGAGCUGGAGGAGAAGCUGCUCAAGUCCUCGCGGAGUCCCACCAUGAACGGCGAGGAGCCAGGCAGGAGCCCCCUGAGAGCCACGCAGGGCUGCGAGGAGGACGGGCAGCUGGAAGAUGACGACGAGGACUGCACAGAGCGGGAAGGCUCGUAGCCUGGAGCGCCCCCAGCUGGAGAACUCCCAUGCAACACUCCCAACUGUUCAGCACCAAACAACCGACGCCAUGAUGACGGAAACUCCAACCCAAACAAGCAGAGAAAAAGAAGCAGAAAAAAAGGGCAAGAAUCCUCUUUUUCCUCUUUCAAUGUUCUUCUUUUGGUGAUGACGAUUUACAUUUUAUGCAAAAAGCCAGGAGGCUAGCACAUCUACUCUUCAUCGUCAUCGUCACCGUGACGACAAAGUGUCCCCCCCCACAACCCCCACCGGCUCCUUUGAGUCGGGCGAGCGCUGAGAACUCCGAAGCUUUAAGCCAUGUAGAAAUAUCGUCGUCGUCACCAUUAUCAUCGCGCAUUUUUUUCUUCUUUAGCGAUGCAAACACUUGAGCACUUUUUUCUUUUCUUUUUUUUUUAGCAUCACAAGCUUCUUCUUGUGGCCAGUCACACUUGAGAGUUUUGGGUUGCUACGUCGCAGCCUAUAUUUAUGUAUUAUACAGUAUCUAUGUGUGGUUGGUGAUGGAAUUGUUGAGAGGAAGAUGUACAGAUUCUUUUGUUUUGAUUGCAUCUCUGCCAUCAUCAUCAAGAAGUUAAAUUCGCCGGAUGUGGUUUGACUCACUUCCUGUUUGUGAAACGUAACUCUGAGGCCACGUCCAAAUGUAUACACAGACAAUGAUACGCUGCAACUAAACCACAUAUCUAACCAAGGUCUCCUAGCCAAAUACUAACAUAUACAACGGUCUCACACAAACACAACAACAAAAGAGAAAACAAUGUAUAUUUAAAAACAGAAAUCUUCAACCAAACCAUAUAACUAAUAAAUGUCCACUAUGUUAAUGCUUACCCAUAAUGUGAAACUCCAUUGAAUUCAUUUCGUCUGGACUUGAGUGAGAACAAGACAUUUUUCUUUUUUAAAAGCCUAUUGUGUGUCCAUGUUAACGGUGUAGCGCAAAUUGAUUCGAAAAUAGGUUUUGAUUUAAAAGAUGUGAAUACAUCGAGUCAAACCGAAUCAAAUGUUUCCACUUGCAAAUGUACCGUCCUCGAAUUGCAUCACUCACCGGGUGGAGGGAUGCAUCAAUUUUAUUUCUUCAUCGACAAUGGCAUAUGGACAUGGCCUUGGAUGGAAAGUUACGCCAAAGUACGGCAUUAAGAUACAAAGAACUUCGAUAUAUCUCAUAUCAAGCAUGUUUUGUUUUCUUUUUGCUAAUGUUUCAUCCACAGUUUUCACGUGUCGUCUGCGUCACUGCCUCCCGAAUGAAUGUUCUGUAUGUUAGGCCGCAAAAGAGCAUCUGGACUGGACGCUGCAAUGUGCAUGCCAGGCCACUAGUGGGCUCCAUUAAGCAAGCAGAUCAGUAAGUGUGCGCUCAACACAUCUUUUUUUCCCCUUGUAUGCUGGAUUCUGAUUAGUUCAAAUCAAAACAAGAAGGAAAAAAAAAACCAAGUGUGAGCGGCAAACUGUACGAGCCAGUCAUGUAGAAAAAGUUACUGAUGAUGUCAUCAGGCUCCGCCAAUCAGGUUUCGUUCAGUUGCCUCAAAGGUCCACAUACUAAUACUGUACGUUCUUUGUUCUCAUUAGUAGGACAAUUCAGAGCACUAGUAAGACGUGAAAUUGAAUAAUGUAUCAUGUUAUACUAGUGCACUGAAUGAAAAUUGUGUGCUGGAAACAAAUUUUACUGUAUUAAUAUCCAUCUUUGGGUUGUCAUUUCGAGAAAGUAGUUUAUAGUUGUUCUCCUAGUGAGCAGAAAUGUCAUGAAGCAAUGAAAAAAA